CACACAUCAUAUGAAAUGUGAAUCAUAUGGUCUUUGUUUAUUUUCCUGUUUCUGAUAAUUCCUUUUAUCUACAAAAGAAAUUGGGCGUAAAAAUUAUUACAUAUUUUAUUACGAUUAUGAAACUCUUCAUUAAGUGUUAAGUAGUGAGACAAAUAAAUAAAAUACUUGGAAAUGGGACGAAUAUGGAAAGUUAUCACAAGAAAAAAGGUGAUAAAUCCAGUAACGGCAGAAGAAACACGUUUAGGACGAGUUCUUAAUGUGUUUGACUUGACAGCACUUGGCGUGGGCAGUACUUUAGGAGUGGGACUAUUUAUUUUGGCAGGUCAAGUAGCUAAGGAUACUGCUGGUCCUUCUGUUAUCAUUAGUUUUGUAUUAGCAGCCAUUGCUUCAGCUUUUGCCGGUCUGUGCUAUGCAGAAUUUGGUGCCAGGGUUCCUAGAGCGGGUUCUGCGUAUAUUUAUAGCUAUGUCUGUGUAGGCGAGUUUAUUGCUUUUGUGAUUGGAUGGAAUCUUAUCUUGGAAUAUAUCAUAGGCUCUGCCAGUGUAGCACGUGGUAUUAGCGUUUACAUCGACUCACUCUUAAACAAUACAAUGGGAAACGCUUUUAAGGAAAUUGCUCCAAUAAAUAUUCCAUAUUUGUCUUCCUAUUUUGAUUUUUUUUCAUUUAUUUUAUCAGUAGUUGUAUCAGUCGGCCUAGCAUUUGGUCUUAAAGAAAGUAGUAUGGUCAACAAUAUUGUGACCGUCUUAAACAUAUUAGUGGUACUGUUUAUAGUAGUUACUGGUUCACUUAAAGCUGACCUGGCAAACUGGCAAAUACCAGCAAACACUACAAACUCUACUGCCAUUGGAAAUGGUGGAUUUUUUCCAUUCGGCGUGGAAGGAAUGAUAAAAGGUGCUGCCACUUGUUUCUAUGCAUUUGUCGGGUUUGACUGUAUAGCGACAACAGGAGAGGAAGUUGCUAAUCCCAGAAAGGCUAUACCUGUUUCUAUUAUAACAUCUUUACUUAUAGUUUUUUUGGCAUAUUUUGGAGUUUCUACUGUUCUGACUCUUAUGGUGCCUUAUUAUUUACAGGAUCAUGAUGCUCCAAUACUAAAGGCCUUUGAAGCUGUUGGUUUCAACGUAGCUAAAUGGAUUAUUGCAAUAGGUGCAAUAUUUGGACUUUCUGCAAGCCUUUUUGGUGCUAUAUUUCCCCUACCGAGGAUAAUAUAUGCUAUGGGUUCUGACGGGCUUAUAUUUAAGUUUUUAGCGAAGAUUGAUCCAAGAUUUCAAUCUCCUGUAAUCGGAACUAUUUUUGCGGGACUUUUGACAGGCUUAAUGUCAGCUAUUUUCGAUAUAGGACAAUUAAUUAACAUGAUGUCUAUAGGAACUUUGCAGGCAUAUACGAUGGUUGCCGCCAGCGUUUUAAUUUUAAGAUAUAAAGACGAGCCUAAAAAGCUUUAUAUUCCGAUCAGGGCCUCAACUGACACAGAAAGUGUUAGCAGUGAGAGUAGCAUUGAUGAAAAAUAUAAUGAUAAUGGAAUAACACAAAACUUUGAUGGCCUAACAAAUGAUGAACAAGAGCUUCUAUCUAGUACCCCGACUCCAGGUUUUUCUAACUAUUUAAAGCAAAUUUUUAAUUGUCGAAAUAGUGAACCGAACAGAGUGUCAGAAAGUAUUGUUGCUUCUGAAGUAUUUAUUUAUUGUAUUUUCUGCAUAGGAAUUAGUCUAUGUAUAAUAUAUUUAAAUGGUCACAUCCUAAACGGAGAACUUUGGGCUGUACUAAUUACGUGUGUCCUAGUAUUUUUGACAGUGUUGCUGCUUGUUUCUUUGGCAACACAACCGAAGUCAAGACGCGAUUUGUCAUUUAAGGUACCUCUUAUCCCUUUAAUACCAGCUCUCAGUAUUAUUAUUAACAUUUAUUUAAUGUUAAUGUUAGACGCUAUGACUUGGGUAAGGUUUGGUGUUUGGAUGGUUAUCGGCAUACCAAUGUAUUGCGCAUGUGCAUGCAACUGUAAAUCCGCUCAAAAAUUACAAAACGGUCACUAUGACAGUAAUAUUAUUAAUGGGACUCUCAAACAUAGUAUAGGAGGAAUUGCGAAUCCACCAUUAGUAAUAAGGGAUCCCAAUGGACAUCAACCAAAAAGUUGUAAGAAAAAAGUUGCCCCAGCGCCUCCUCCUACCAUUUUUGAAACUUUGGAAGUCCAGCAAGAGGCGGUUAUUGCUCAGUUGGAUGAAAUACUCGAUAACGAAGCAGCAAUAUUGCAGCUGGAAGAUUCCUCAAAUGAUGAGAAUGAUUGAGUAUAUAUGUUUUUUAUGGACUACCCAAUAGCUUAAGGGGGUACCUAACAGAUUAUGAAAGGAUAGAAUAGGAAGGUUAAAGUAAUUUAUAUUAAUAAUGUUACUUGAAAUAUCUUUAGGAAAGGAAGGAAAAUGUAUACUAUUUAUUUGUUACCAAAACAUGAACUUUUGUAUAGAUAUAUUUUAUUUUUUAGAAAUGUUCUGCUUUUAAUUUGCGAACAUGGAUGUUAUUUUAUUGACAUUGUAAUGCCAAAAUUAUAUAUUUGGAAGAAAUGUGAUGUGCUAAGUCGGAUUAAAUUAAAAACUUAUAUUAUUGAAAUAUAAAUAUAUUUCGAGUUUUGGUGUCCAGGCAGAAUCAAUACAUAUAUCGGGCAUUUAGUAGACAACAAUGUUUUACUAUUGAAAACAUGUAGAAAUAAAUGUAGUUAAAUAGAAUAUAA